GACGCCGAGGCGGCGAUGAGACUCCCGCUGGCCCUCGCCGUGCUCCUGCUGGCCUCGGCGCACGGGCUGCCCGAGGAGAUGGGCGCCAGCGACGACCUCAGCUACUGGCCCGCCUGGCCCGAGGGAUAUGGCCAGAUCUCUCAUAAAAGGCAUAAAACAGACUCCUUUGUUGGACUUAUGGGCAAAAGAUCUUUAAAUUCUGGAUCCUCCGAGAGGAGCAUAGCACAGAGUUACGAGCGGAGGCGUAAAUGAGACAUUCCCGUGCGUUAUUUAUUAAACUUCAUUUGUUCCACUGGCCCAUGCAGUGCAAUGUAAACUAACCACUGUAUGGAGUAAUUAUUUAUUUAAUAAUAAUUGAUGGGAGGGGUUGAGUUGUACAUUUAAUAAAAUGAUUAUUUUUCAUAUU